AUGUCCGAAUCUGACGUCCCUGACGGCUUCAAGCGUGUCGGAGACCACCCCGACGAGCUGUGGUCCGAAGCCGCGUUCAAACACGUCUUCCGCCUGCAAGAAGAGGAAGAGAAACGUGACCCGGACGCCUACGAUAUCUAUAUCUUCAAUGACUUCUUCGGCUACGCCUGCGCGGACCUGAUUCGACGCGAGAUGCUCUCGCUCGGAACCAAAGCAGCGAGUACGACAGGACGCUUGGAGCUCAAGACUUUCCAGCAAUUUGAAGCACUCGUGCUCUAUAUGGCCAACAGUAACGGCGCCAAUGUGUUUCCCACAAUCGACGAUGCUGAACUGGCGGAAGCUAUCUACAACGGCUACGGGUCCUUGUGGCUGAGCUACCUCUUGAACCUGGAGAAGGCCGCGAAGCCAGAUAACCUAAGCUCUACGAACCCAAUCAAUGCGCUGAACUUUAAGAACGUCGUACGCACGGCGGCCAAAGUUCUUGGACAGUAUGGUGGCCUUGGCUUCGAGAACGACGCGGAUGACUUUGAACGUGCUAUGCUUCGUGUGCUCGAGCGCAACGGGAUGAAUGGUACGCCUAAGAAGAAGCUCUUCCUGGGCGAGAACUCUGGCGAAGAUGACGAGGACGAGGACAUGGAAGACGAAGACGAGGAAGACGAUGAUGAAGAUGAAGGAUUUGAGCCCGCGACGGACAAGGACGUGACACGUAUCGCGAAGCAGUGGAAGAUGACGCCGGCGCUUCAAACGCUCCGCGCCCGUGCGGUGCCGGUAGACUUCGUCAAAGGGCGGUCUUGGGACAUAUCUUCCUGGCCUGCGCAUGAGCUUGCGGCGGAGAAGGCGAAGCAGCAGGCUAUCAUGGAUGGGUUUGAUUGA